AGUGUGGAUGCUCCUCUGAAGAUAGCAGUUCUUCUCAAUGUGUAGUUCUCCGAUCCCUGUCGUCAUCGAUAGAAAAUGAGUUCCAUAGUAAAUUGGUCAGGCCAGGGGUUGCAAAAGUUGGGUCCAACAUUACCCUGUGAUGCUGACAUUCAUACUCUAAUUCUGGAUAAAAACCAAAUCAUUAAACUGGAACACCUGGAGAAAUGCAGGAACUUAACACAGCUGUCAGUAGCCAACAAUCGACUUGUAAGGAUGAUGGGUGUAGCAAAACUGACUCAACUCCGGGUACUAAACUUGCCUCACAACAGUAUUGGUUAUAUGGAAGGCCUUAAGGAUUUGGUGCACUUGGAAUGGCUAAACCUGGCAGGAAAUAACCUUAAGACGAUGGAUCAGCUCAAUACCUGCACUUCUCUUCAACACCUUGAUUUGUCAGACAACAAUAUACCUCAAAUAGGUGAUCUUUCCAUGCUUUUAUGUCUAAAGACUCUGCUGCUGCAUGGAAAUAUUAUAACCUCACUACGCGUGGCACCUGUUUGCCUACCUCAAAGUCUGACUAUUCUUUCCUUGGCAGAAAAUGAAAUCAGAGACUUAAAUGAGAUUUCUUUCUUGGCUUCCUUUUCUGAGUUGGAGCAGUUGUCAGUUAUGAACAAUCCUUGUGUGAUGGCCACACCUUCUAUUCCUGGAUUUGACUAUCGGCCAUAUAUUGUCAGCUGGUGCUUGAAUCUUAAAGUUCUGGAUGGUUAUGUGAUUUCUCAGAAAGAGAGUUUGAAAGCAGAAUGGCUUUAUAGUCAAGGUAAAGGACGAUCAUAUCGACUUGGCCAGCAUGUUCAGUUAGUCCAGUAUCUGGCCACUGUUUGUCCUCUUACCUCUUCAUUUGAUCUCCUGACUGAAGAGGAUGCCAAACUGGAAAAAAUACUCAGUAAGCAGAGGCUCCACCAGAAGCAGCUGAUGUACCAAAGCCAAAAUGAAGGGCCACCGACAUCUUCUACUCCCAAAAAAAUGGUACUGGUUACAUAUGAGCACAACAGCUCAACCCAGGGGCCCGAGAUAAUUCUUCAAAGUGAACCCGUUCUCCAUAAGAAUUCUUGGGUUGGGCUAAGCUCCAUUGAUGACCAUUCCUAUGCAGUUAAGAAUGUCUUUCCAGCUGCAGUACAAGCUGAAAGAAACUGUCCCAAGGAGCUGUACCUGGAGGAUAUACAGACUGAUGAGGAGGACAAACUGAACUGCAGCCUUCUGUCCUCAGAGUCUACUUUUAUGCCAGUUGCUUUAGGACUGUCUCCAGUAUCUCCCACUACAGAAUUAAGGCUACAUGGAAUCAAUUUGAAGCUAGAAGAUUAUGAUGAUAAUACAGUUAUUGAAUUUGUGAAAGAGAUCCAUCAAGAUGAUAACAAUCAGGAAAAGACUUCUUGGGUUACAAAAGAUUGUUCCUUCAAAGCAGUAGAAACUGUGGAAACUCAAGAGGAAGAUGAUGAUGGAAUAUUGCCUUCAUCAAGUACAGCAACAGUCACAGCUAACCCAAUUGCUAGUAUUAAUGACUAUCUAGCAUUUUCUGUUGACCAAGUUCUGCGCAGCCACCUCAAGCCACCAUUAACUGAUGAUGGACCAUUAAUUACAACUCUUUAUAAUGACCAAACUAUGGAAAGAGAUUCUAUUGUUACAUCAGUUGCUGUUGACCAACAUGCUGAACUUCAAAGAAUGAACAAAGCAGCCACCAAGCUUCAGGCCUGCUGGAGGGGAUUCCACACAAGAAACUACCAUCCCAAAGCCAAGGAAGUGCGUUACGAAAUUCGGCUACGCAGAAUGCAAGAGCAUAUUGUUUGUUUAACUGAUGAAGUACAAAAAUUAAGAAAAGAAAGAGAAGAAGAGAGGAUUCAGAAACUUGUACAGGAGGAGGCUGUCAGAUAUCUUUGGGAUCAGGUUAGAUCCCUUCAGCAGUGGCAACUUUCGGUGAACCAAAACCUUAGUAUUUGGCAACAUGCUGUUUCUGAAUCGAGUACUUUAUGUCCACCCAAAGUAUCUGGUCAGUCAUCUGAGCUCAAUCAAGAAACCUCUCCUGUUGGUAGUUUCACCAGGUUGGUUUCAGCUGAUGAAGCUCUUCAUGAGAGAACUUUACCUGAGUUUCCAGACUCUGGCUUUCACUCCUCCAUUACUGACCAAACUAAUGUUUAUGACUCUCAUAGCUCUGUAAAGAGUUCCACAGAAGAAAGUGAGAGCUCUCUGAUGGGAAAUUCUAUAGAAACAGUUAAACACUACGGAGACUCUAUCUCAGAAUGUAUUUCAGAUAUGGAGGAUGUCCAGGCAGCCCAUGAGGAGUGGAGUAAAGAGAGUUCAAAUAGUGAGGAGGACAGUAGUCUUUUCCAGCAAUACUUGAAGUCAGUUCAGCAGCUAGAAGAGGCUGAUGACAGGACAAGUUGCAGUAAUGGGACAGAAGGGAGUAGGCCACAGACAGCUGCAUCAGCAGAAAAGCAGGAUUCUUUGUCUGAAGCUGUUUCUAUAAAUGUCUCUCAAGACAUACCUUCCCCUGCACAAAAUGAAAUUAAUCAGUCACCAGAAAGUUGCAAAUUGAAUUCAGUAGUGGAAGGAGGGAAGCAAACAGAAUGUGAUCCUUCAUUUCAGGUGCUGCAUGUUGGCAUAACUGUCUAGUAAGCUUAGCUCCAUGGAAAAUUAGGGAAUACAAGUUUAACUUUUUUGCCAUUUAUAAAGAGUUUGUAUUUUUUUCAUGUGUUCUGUUCUGGAUUCCUAGCCCACUGUUACUGGAAAGGCUUAACUUUUAAUAGCAUCUUGCUAAUAAUCUAAUUGAAUGUUGAUGCUAAUUAUACUAAACUGAAAUGAGUAAACUUCUCUGUGGUGGACAUUAUGCACUUUAUUUUGUAACGACUCUUGUUUCUUAACUGGUUUUUAUAAAACAGUAUUCAAUUGAUUUUUUCCAGUUGGCUCAAUUUAGCCAAAGUAGAUAAGCUUUAGUAAGUUUUUAUUUUUCCCAAAAGUCAGAGCUUGAGUUCAUGCUGUGUUAAAAUAAAGAAACAGCACGUGGAAAGACAGAAAUAGAGGAAGAAUGAAGACUGUGCAUGUAUAGGUAUAAACUGAUAAAAAAAGGACAAUAGAAAUCACUUAAUAGAGUUUCUGGAGACCCAAACUUAGGUGUCUGUCAAAUUCUUGCUAUAAAACUGGAAUCCCAAGUCACUGACAGGACAAGUUGCAAGUGAUGGGGCAGUCGACACAGACAGCUCCAUCAGUAGAAAAACAGGAUUUUUUUUUAAGACAGUUGAAGGUGCUGAGUGCUCUGCAUCUUUACAAAUAGGCCUUUUAUUUAGAAGCCUACAUAUGAACUUAGAAUCAAACUUUGAGGAUACAUUUUUAAAACAAGUCUUUAUCCAUGUCUCCCAUAUGUCCCAAUCAUGCUGUUCUCUCUCAGGUAAGACUCAUGCUAGAGUCCAAUGGCAGAGUCCAACAGGACCUAGUGACAGAGGCAUAUGCAGCAUUCCUCUUCUCCAAGUGAACCAUAACAUGCAUGGUAGGAACAAGAUGAAAGCCUAGCUUUGGAGGGAGCCAUGUUGGUAUGGUUAAAAUUGGGAGGCUGGAUGACCUGUGUAAAAGUAUUGUGCCUCUACAAGUAUAGCCCUGUUAUCGGCUGGUAUCUCAAGUGUAAACAUUACCAAGAAAGUCUUUGAGUUAAAACUUUUUCCUGCCCUUUGUUGUGUUUCUCAUGUAAAGGAACAUUAAACAUUUAACAGUAAUUGGUUUUGAAUAUUAAUUUUAAAACUGUAUGUCUCUGAAAGUACUGAUUUAGUUUUGCUACACUUUACUAUUAAAACUGAGGAAGCAGUGGCAGCAGAUAAAUAAGAAGUGGCAAUUAGGCAUAAUGCAGAUGCUAGUUUUUCCUACUAUGCCUACUGUUCCAUACUGAAGAUUAAUUUGAUAAAAGUAGCAAUAAAAAUUGCCACGUAAUUGGGAAAAGUCAUCAAUAAAAUGAAAAAAUCAGCAAACCCACUAAUUGUAUGUACAAAGGGCUUGAAAAACUGGGCUUUUUUUUUUUUUAAAUCUGAGAUUUAA